AUGUCAACCUCUACUCAGCCCACGGUCAAUAGCUCCGCACAAGAGUAUAGGAAGGAUUACACUAAAUUGGCAGUUGACGGCGUAGCGGUGAUCGAAAUUGAAAUUGAUGCCGAGUUGAGGGCCCCCAUAUAUAUGUAUUAUGAGUUGUCUAAUUUCUACCAGAAUCAUCGUCUGUUUAUCGACUCGAGGUCCGACGAGCAGCUGGCAGAUCCGUCCAGAGUGAUAGCGGCGGCGGACCCACCGGUAGAUUGCGAGCCAGCAGUGAGGAAUGGAGAUGCGGAAGUUAUUGCAUGGCAACCUGACCUGAAGUAUAAAUUCAAGAAUUUGAUCCCGGAUGAGUCUGCUGUAGCUGUCGAAG